CUCAUAACUUUCUGCUCCGUGGUCGCGGAUCGUCACGUCGAAUUGCGUUCCCCGUUUCCUGGUGCUACUGCUUCUCGCAUAUUACUACUUGAUUUUUGCAGCCUCUAGAGUGAUAAUAAAUUUAUCGUUAAGUGCUUCGAUGAGAAAAGGGGCAUUUGGUGAAAACAGUGUGAUUUCCUGCAGUUGUCGGAGAAGUGUGAUUAUUUUUUCUAGAAACGGGGUUUGUGGGUUAUGAAACCAUUGGAGAGAUCUUAACAACGAUUGCUCAAAUUGAAUCAACGAAACAGCGGUCGGCGGUAUAGUAACGACUCUUUUGCUGAUCCAAAGCACAGCACAGUGACAAAACAGCUAGGCCAUAGUAAACAACUAUCUGGACGGAUUGGGGCCGCAGAGGAAAAAUCUCAACGCAAGCUUUAUAUAGAAGAACACAUCGUCAACCUACCCCAACUCAAUCCGACCCAUCACAACCCGGCGCUUGGAUGUAAACAGACCCCGCCGUUCCCCAAAGUCGUUGUUUUUUAACGAUAUAUAAACGACGUUGUUCAUGCGAGUGGGAAGAAGGAAAAACAAAAACAACUCACUAGCACCAACCUACGAUAAAGUUGUGUUUGGGCCACAUGUACGUGCGCAUCGAAGAAUCGGUUCCAUAGCGGGGUGAUUUCUCGAAAAUAACAUACCAAACUAAACCAAGAGAAAGCAAGCAGACCAAGUCCUCGUCGUCGUCUGGGCGGUCUCAAAUAUUUCUGAUGUGCAGAAACGACGUACCUAUCUGUGUUUUGUGCUGAAGACUGAGAAUUAGUCAGAAUAGUUAGGCGGGUUGGCUUGGCGCUAGCGAAAAAUAUUUCUUAAAUUUGAAGCAAACGAGUUGUGAAGAUCAGUCGUUUACGGAAACGUUGAUAGAUAGAGAGCUGCGCCCUCGUUCAAGGUUGACGGUUUGAGGUCACGAAUUAUAUCCAUCAUAUCAACCAACGGAGGGAAAACGCAGAAACGUGUCAGUUUCGGAAAGACGUAUCACAUACCUAUUAGUAGAGCUCCCGGUGCUCGCCUCCAAGAUAAUAAUGAUAAGAAGUAAAGUGUUUGCGUAGUUCCUCGAAGGUUUGCUCUCUAACAAACAGUCAGUGUGCGAAGCUGAUCGUCUUCGUGUAGUUAGGCAACACACCGAUUCUAUUACGUAAACGGAAUACAGGUAUAUUUGCAAAAAGUUUGCCGAGACACAACCCGAUUAGCUGUCCGGGUAACCGGUAGGACCGGUUUGUCCCCAACAAAUAUAGUGCAUGCGAUCCGUUUUGUUUUCGGUAUCAAUCGACAUAAGUGACUUCAAUCCGGCUCUCGAUUCCUUGGUAAAUCGAAUGACCAUCGGUAUCGCCGGCAGUGACGAUGGCCAACUCCUGGAAGGGUCUACUGCUCGGUGCGGGAGCGGCCACGGCCGGAACUGGAGAGGUUGCGGCGGCCGUGCUAGUUGGUGCGAAUACUAUUAGUCCUUCGCCGUCGACGACCAGCUCACGAGAUUAUCUCCCCGCGGGCAGUGAUAAGAACGAAUACUCAUCACAAGUCACCAGCAAUAGCCAGAAUGCAUCCAAAUUUCCAUCGAUCCCAAGCGGCGGUAGCACAAACAUAGCGAUAAGUUUCACCAGCAACAACCCUAGCAGUAGUAAUAGUAGAAGUAGCAGCAGCAGUGGAAGUAAUUCCGAUCAAUCGUCGUCACCGGUAAAGCCGGUGUUACUGAACAAUCGUGAUGUUGUAAUCACCAGUCUGAUAGCGGGCGCUUCUGCUGGAGCCCUGGCCAAAACCACCAUCGCUCCGCUAGAUCGAACCAAAAUCAAUUUUCAAAUCAACAAAGAUAUUCCCUACUCAUUCCGGGCAGCGUUGCUCUUCCUUAAGGACACCUACACCAAGGAGGGGUUUUUCGCGCUCUGGCGGGGGAAUUCGGCCACCAUGGUACGGAUCAUUCCCUACUCGGCCAUCCAGUUUACGGCGCACGAACAGUGGAAGAAAAUCCUGCAGGUCGAUCUGCAUGACGACACCAAAGUGCGGCGAUUCCUAGCGGGAGCUUUGGCCGGCAUAACUUCCCAAUCGCUUACCUACCCGCUGGAUCUGGCACGGGCACGGAUGGCCGUAACGGAUAAGUACAGCGGCUACAAGACCCUCCGGGAAGUUUUCGUCAAAAUUUGGCAAUGCGAGGGUCCCCGGACGCUGUAUCGGGGCUACUGGGCCACCAUCCUGGGCGUGAUCCCGUAUGCCGGGACCUCGUUCUUCACCUACGAUACUCUCAAACAGGAGUACUACAAGCGCACCGGGGACAAGAGUCCCAACACUGUGAUAUCGCUGGCCUUUGGCGCUACGGCAGGUGUGAUUGGCCAAUCGUCGAGCUACCCGCUGGAUAUCGUCCGUCGAAGGAUGCAGACGACCGGGGUGACGGCACAAUGUGCUGAUCGGUAUCUGACCAUCGGUACGACCCUAUCCAAAAUCUACAGGGAGGAAGGAUUCAUCCGCGGUUUCUACAAGGGUCUAAGCAUGAACUGGAUCAAAGGCCCGAUCGCGGUGGGGAUCAGCUUUGCUACCUAUGAUCACAUCAAACACCUUCUGCGGGAUCUGAUGCAGCUGGAACGGUAGACAAGCUAUAGUGAAGUGAGAAAGGAAUAGAAAACGCAAAUAAGCUAACUCGAAAAAAGGCAUAUUUGCCUAUAGGCUUUAAUCGGUAAAUUUUCCCCUCCUGAACCUAAAAUUUCCUGGUUUUCCGCUCCAAUCCCGCAUGUAGGUCAUAACGAUAGGUUUAGUACAAGCUGUUAGAGAGGAUCUGUUGAAUCUAUUGCUGUUGAAAAUUGUGGAAGCAUUUUGUAUGGUAGGGACUGCGCUUGCGAGAAUACUGUUUUACCGAAGUAUAUGUAGAUAGGCAGAUAUAGUGUGUUGAAAUAGUCAAUUGCCAGUCAAUCAAAAACAAAACAUUUAAUCGAUUCCCGUUGAUGGUUUUCAGUAAGAAAUCAAACAGCACGCAUUGUGAGGAUAUUAUUGAAGAUUAUGUUCUCUUGAAAGAGAGCGUUUUGUUAUUUUUUUUUGUUUAUUAUACUAUGUAUUGUUUGAACAUCAUUCAAACGAAAUUUUAGAGCUGAGCUUUAUGGGUUUUAAUAAAAGGAAAAUUUGAUAACUUAAUUUUGUGAUCGUCAAAACAUAAACUAUACGAUUAGGAAAGAAUUCUACCACCCAAUUUUAGUCUGAACUGAAUCGAGGACAAUAAAACUUUUCAUCGAAAUUCGUAAGAGAAAAAAAAAUGCUGUACAUACUCCUUUCAUCGGUAGAUGGUUAAAAGCAACAAAAAGAGCCCUUCAAAAGUGCCAUUUAUUCAAGGUAAACACUCAAAAGUCUUUAUUUUUCUUCAAUUAGUGAUACUCCAGUUUAAUUUAAUCAAGAAUUGAUUCGAUGAUGUGUUAAGUUUAUUUUUGUAUACACCAAAUAAGUCGAACUUGAAUAAUUGUAUGUAUGUUGGCACCAAUAUUUCCUGUUCUAUUAUUGAUGUGUGUAAUCACUACAAACCUCAUUUCCGUGUUAAACUUCAUACAUGUAACAGAGUGUGGUAGGUAAUCCAUCCUUAUUGGGGCCUUUCAACGAACACCCAUUGGGGUUAGUCGAGGAUAUUCGAAUUUAUUCUGGCAAACAAAUGUUCGAUUGUACAUUAUGAAAUAGAAUAAACAUAAAAAAGUGUUGAAAAAAU